AUGACAUUCAACACAAAAUUGAUGCUACCUGUAGCAUUAGGUUUUUCAAUUGUAACUGUGACAGCAUUUGUGGUCUAUUAUGUCUUUAAAAAAGAAGAGGAAGGUGACAAAACUGUAAAAACAUCAAGAGUCAAUGUAAUUGAAUUGCAGGUCCCCAAAAGCAUUAUUCCUGCUUUAAUUGGUCGCAAUGGCUCUAAUAUAAAGGAAAUCGAACAGAAGUCCGGUGCGCUUACGCAUUUUAAGAAGUUUAGUGACAAAGAUUACGAUGUAUGUAUAAUUCGUGGACGGAGCAGUGCAACACAACUUGCCGAAACGAUGAUACAUGACUUCAUUAAACAGCAACCGAUUAUUGUUGCUGAUUCAAUGGAGGUCCCUGGGUGGACUGUCGGCAGAAUUAUUGGCACUGGUGGUGAACAUAUAAACCAAAUAAGCCAUACAAGUGGCGCAAAAGUGAAAGUGGAGUCUUCACCAGGUGGGAACACCAACGAACCACGAAAGAUAUCGUUUAAAGGCUCCAAAGAACAAAUUGAGAAGGCUAAGAAACUUGUUGAUACCAUCGUGGCCCAAGAGAAGUGUAGACGCGAGGUGGAGCAAGCCAAACGUCCCCGUUUGCCCCUCGUCAGUCCAGCUCCCCUGGCCACGCCCGAAACAGGUGAACGCACACCCGCCAAGCAUGUCCGCUAUAAGACGCCUGAACCCCCUGGUCCAUCGAUCGAAGUGUACGUGUCAGCGAUUUCUUCACCUUCGCGAUUUUGGGUGCAAUUCGUCGGUCCACAAGUCGCUCAACUUGAUGAUUUGGUCGCUCAUAUGUCUGAAUUCUACAGCAAUAAGGAUAAUCGUAGUGCUCACGCGUUAAAGUCAGUAUCGGUGGGUCAAGUGGUGGCUGCGGUGUUUCGUCAUGAUGGUCGUUGGUACAGAGCCCGCAUCGAUGAUAUUCGACCGAACGAAUUCGACGCCACACAACAGGUAGCCGACGUGUUUUACUUGGACUAUGGAGAUAGUGAGUACGUCGCAACGCACGAGUUGUGUGAACUGAGAGCUGAUCUUCUUAGACUACGCUUUCAGGCGAUGGAAUGUUUCCUGGCGGGAGUCAAACCGGCUUCCAUGGAGAAGGAGGAACCGAAACCUGGAGACUAUCCGAAAUGGCACCCACAAGCCGUCGAACGAUUUGAAGAACUCUCCCAGGUCGCACGUUGGAAGGCGUUACAAUCAAAGACGUGUACGUAUAAGCGUACGUCUACGCUUCGCGGGGACUUGGAUAGGGAGAUACCAGGGAUAAAGCUGUAUGAUGUCACUGAUGAAGGAUCAGUAGACAUAGGCGAAACAUUAAUAGCCGAAGGAUGGGCUGUGGCCACAACCUCGGGGACAUCUACGCCUCACCACAUCCACUCGCCCCUUACACCUUUUGGGGACUUAUCUAACUCCAGGGUACUAGGAAUGCUCAACCCACGCGCUGCCUCGAUGCCCAAAGACCACAAAGGUGAUAGAGAAAUUUCACCACUUACACGAGAUUCACUUAAAGAUAACCCAACAUCAAAAUCGCUGUCCGACGGUCUCGAGGCAGCAGAUAAGGUUAAGUCAGUCUCAAACUUCGAUCUCUCUUACGACUCAAGUAAACCGACCCCUACUAACGGUUCUCACGAUCUUCUCGAAAGCGAGCGUCGGAUCGAGAAUGAAGUCCCAAAGGGCAACUUGAGGAACGAGAUUAAAGCGAAUAUGAAUAGAAUAGACUCGCAUCAUAGUAAUUUAGACAGUCUUGGGAGACUUGAUAAGUCUUAG